GGCUCUGAGCCGGAGGUUUUGUUGUGAGGGUCGGUUGUCAAGCAGCGGCCAAUCAGGCCAGGGGAUGGAGGCAAGUGGGGGUCGCUCCUGGAGCGGAGCCUCGGCCUCCCGAGUCGCAGCUGCAGCCCAGUGUUGAGCUGGGAUGGCUCAAGCCUGACAUUCCAUGACCCAGGAUCCCAACAGUCACGCACGGGCUGCUGCUGUGGAUGAUUUAAAACCACGAGGUGGUCCGGGGCUGGGAGACGAAGCAUUCCCUCUGCCUGGAUGUGUGGAAACUCCCUGCCAACUUGAUUGGCGGAUCUGGGGGGGGAUCCACCCCCACCCCACAAGGAAAGCACAGUCUAUUGUGGGUGGAACUUCAGGUGCCAGCCAGCUGAAGGAUGGCCACCCCUGUGGUCACCAAGACGGCCUGGAAGCUACAGGAGAUCGUGGCCCAUGCCAGCAACGUGUCCUCGCUGGUGCUGGGCAAAGCCUCGGGCCGGCUGCUGGCCACAGGCGGGGAUGACUGCCGUGUCAACCUGUGGUCCAUCAACAAGCCCAACUGCAUCAUGAGCCUGACGGGUCACACGUCCCCAGUGGAGAGCGUACGUCUCAACACCCCUGAGGAGCUCAUUGUGGCCGGUUCCCAGUCGGGCUCCAUCCGCGUCUGGGACCUGGAAGCUGCCAAAAUCCUUCGCACACUUAUGGGACACAAAGCCAACAUCUGCAGCCUGGAUUUCCACCCGUAUGGCGAGUUUGUGGCCUCGGGUUCCCAGGACACGAACAUCAAGCUCUGGGACAUCAGGAGGAAAGGCUGUGUCUUCCGAUACAGGGGGCACAGCCAGGCCGUGCGGUGUCUCCGGUUCAGCCCCGACGGGAAGUGGUUGGCAUCGGCCGCAGAUGACCACACGGUGAAGCUCUGGGAUCUGACUGCUGGCAAGAUGAUGUCCGAGUUCCCUGGCCACACGGGGCCUGUCAACGUGGUGGAGUUUCACCCCAAUGAGUACCUCCUGGCUUCUGGCAGCUCUGACAGGACCAUCCGUUUCUGGGAUCUGGAGAAAUUCCAGGUGGUGAGCUGUAUCGAAGGGGAGCCAGGGCCUGUCAGGAGCGUCCUCUUCAACCCCGAUGGCUGCUGCCUGUAUAGUGGCUGCCAGGACUCACUGCGCGUCUACGGCUGGGAGCCCGAGCGCUGCUUUGACGUGGUCCUCGUCAACUGGGGCAAGGUGGCCGACCUGGCCAUCUGCAAUGACCAGCUGAUAGGCGUGGCCUUCUCCCAGAGCAGCGUCUCCUCUUACGUGGUGGACCUGACGCGGGUCACCAGGACGGGCACGGUAGCCCCGGACCCCAUGCAGGACAGCCGGCCCCCGGCGCAGCAGCUGCCCCACCCCAGCGCCCCGCUUCGGCGCAUCUACGAGCGGCCCAGCGCCACCGGCAGCGAGCCUCAGAGGGUGAAGCAGAACUCAGAGAGCGAGCGCCGCAGCCCCAGCAGCGAGGAUGACCGGGAUGAGCGGGAGUCUCGGGCGGAGAUCCAGAACGCCGAGGACUACAGCGAGAUCUUCCAGCCCAAGAACAGCAUCAGUCGGACACCACCACGAAGAAGUGAGCCCUUCCCAGCACCCCCAGAGGAUGACAUGGCCACAGCCAAGGAGGCAGCAAAGCCCAGCCCAGCCACGGAUGUGCAGUUCCCAGUGCCAAAACUCGAGGUCCUGUCCCGGCCCCCAGUCGUCACUUCCACCCCUGCACCCAAGGCUGAGUCUCCCAUCAUCCCUGCCACCCGGAACGAGCCCAUCGGACUGAAGGCCUCCGACUUCCUGCCUGCCGUGAAGAUCCCCCAGCAGGCAGAGCUGGUCGACGAGGAUGCCAUGUCACAGAUCCGCAAAGGCCAUGACACCAUGUGUGUCGUGCUCACCAGCCGCCACAAGAACCUGGACACUGUGCGGGCCGUGUGGACCACGGGUGACAUCAAGACGUCGGUGGACUCAGCCGUGGCCAUCAAUGACCUCUCCGUGGUAGUGGACCUCCUUAACAUCGUCAACCAGAAAGCCUCCCUGUGGAAGCUGGACCUAUGCACCACCGUCCUGCCACAGAUCGAGAAGCUUCUGCAGAGCAAGUAUGAGAGCUAUGUCCAGACAGGCUGCACCUCUCUGAAGCUGAUCCUGCAGCGGUUUCUGCCCCUGAUCACAGACAUCCUGGCAGCCCCGCCCACCGUGGGUGUGGACAUCAGCCGGGAGGAGAGGCUGCACAAGUGCCGGGUCUGCUACAAGCAGCUCAGGAGCAUCAGUGGCCUCGUCAAGAGCAAGUCGGGCUUGAGCGGCCGCCACGGCAGUGCCUUCCGCGAGCUGCACCUGCUCAUGGCCAGUUUGGACUGAGGAGCCCAGAGGGUGGUGGCACCCUCAGGCCUGGCCUCGGCCCCCCACUCCUGUUCCCUGUGCGCCCACCGGCCACCUCCACAGCCCUAAACUCUGACAACUUCUCUCCAGCAACAGUUGCCCAGCUUUGUCCAACUCCUGCUUCCUGGGGCAGCGAACCAAGCCCUGGGGCUGCUGCUGUAAUUUAUAAGGUGAAUUUUAUUAAAUUUGUAACUAUU